UGCACCCACUCGCCCGCCAAGCAGAGAAACUCGCUCUGGCGACCUCAAUCUUUUCUCUGCCCCGAGCUCUCCAGGCCAAUUCAGGCCAGCCCUCGAUAUCCUCCGCGUCACCAUUCGCCCCGCCAGUCACCACCACUGCUGCUGGUGUUCCUUCCCUCCCAAGAUGCACUAGGGAACUACCCCACCCAUCCCAUUCUCAUUCCCAUUCCCCCAUUCCCAUUCCCGUAAUCCCUUCCCCUCAUGGUUGCUCGCGUUAGUGCAAGCCAAUCAGUCACACGAGCGACUCUCCCUGCCCAUAGCUUUCGUAACCCCAGCCAUGGGCGCGGAUGUUUGACGCUGUCGCCUAAUGCGUCCCUUACUAUACGUGCAUGAACUAGCAGUUUAGCGCAUUUUAGGACUGCACGGGUGCAAUCCCAGUCCUCUUGCGGCCGAAGUUAACUGAAAGCAAGUGACUCGUCACCAAGGCAUCCUACACCUCACCAAGAAUCGACAGUACUUGCCGCCGUUACUGCGAACAGCCGUCGCGUCAAUUCUUCCGCGUCCCUCCUUUCUCUAACGGUCUCGUUGCUACCUUUUGCGUUAGGCCCUCUCACAUCACCGACGAACAGUUUCGUUUCCCGUAACAGUAACACCGUCUCCACAUCAUUUAAUCUCCUCGCCGAAUUCUUCCCAAGCAAAGAAUCGCGCGUUGCACCAGCCGCCGCUAUGGUCGUAAGCUCGCCCGUGGGCUUCGAGCUGCUGGGCUGCUUCAACGUCUCGGCUGAGUUCGAGCGCGACGGGGAGCGCAUCGGCCAGCCGAAAGGCCACGUGGCCGUCGUCAGCAUUCCGCGCAGCCGCGUCCCCGCGGGCGGCGGCCCGAUAAGCCUAACGAGCCCCGUCGGCUCCGGAGAUAGUAUCGAGGAUGCGAAUAAUCCGUCUGCUGCUCCUGGCGGCCUCGAUGGCGGCGGCACGGCGUUGGCGCUGCUGUUCGUGACGAAGGCGGGGUUCACGAAAGCGACAUCGGGGACGGCAUUCGCCAUCAACGACAUGGGGAGGUUCCGAAUGAAGUUCAUCAAUCAAGGCAAGUUCUCGUUCGAGGUGCGCGGCGAGGGGCCCGGCGGCAACACGCUGGUGCUGUGCAGCGUGAGCUCCGGGCAGGUGGCGCACGACGUGCGGAGCCUCGCACAGUUCAUCUCCGACAUCAAGAUCGGCAAGGCGCCCGGCAUGCCGCACAAAUGCGUCGCGUGUGGGCUCAAGGAUACGGCGGAGCUGGACAAGAAGCGCAAGCAGGAAGAGGCCCUGAAGGAGAAAGAGGCGAAGAGGCAGCGUAUGGAGGAGGAAAAGAAGGUCAGAGACGAACAGAAGAAACGCGACAAGGAGGAGAAGGAGGCAAGGCAGAAGCAGGAGAAGGCAAUGAAGGAGCUUCAGAAGAAGCUCAAGGAGACGGAGAAAGACAGGGACGACAUGAAUAGGAUACGAGAGACACUUAGCAAAGAGCUGAAAGAACGGGGCGAGAUAAUCAGGGAGCUCCAGCAACAAGUGAAGGAGAAAGUGGCCGCUGCUGCCCGGGAGGAGGCGAAGAGGAGGGAGGAGGAGGCGAGGCGGGUGAGGGAGGAGAGUGCGGCGAGGGAGGCGGAGCUGCGGCGGGCUAUGGAGGAGGAGUUUCGGGUGAAGAGGGAUGAGGAGCAGCGGCUGCGGCAAGCUGCGGACAUGCAGCGGUGGGCGCGGGAGCAGCAGAAGGCGAAGGAGGUGGAGGAGAUGCGGAAGAAGCUCCAGGAGGAGGAGGGGAAGAGGAUGUUUGAGGCCAUGUCGCACCGCGAGGAGAUGGCCAAGAUGAAAGCGGAGGUGGAACGCGCGUACCAGUACCAGCAGCAGCAGCAGCAGCAACAAGGGCAGCAAGCUGACUCCUUUGGUCCCCCGCCCCCUCCUCCGCCAAAGGACGUGCCAGCAGAAGUGCUGGCUCGCUACAGCAGCCUGCUGCGGGACCGCGAGGCGCGCAUGCGCGCAGCCUUUGCAGCAAUGGCAGGGGAGAUACGACGCGCCGAGGGGGAGCUGAAGAAGAAGCGGACGGAGGAGGAGCGGCGGCGGAAGGCCGAAGAGGCAAAGCGGAGCAAGGCAGAGACGGCCAGGCAGAAAAGGGAAGAGGCGAUGAGUGCAGAGAGGAGGAGGGAGGAGGAGGAGAGGAGGCACGCGCAGGCAGAGGAGACGAGGAAGAGGGAGGAGGAGAGGAAGAGGAUGGAGGAGGUGGAGAAGGCGAGGAGAGUGCAGGAGGAGGCGAGGCGGAAGGCGAUGGCGGAGGAGAGUGCGCUCGCUGCGAAGCAGAAGUGGCUGGAGGACCAGCUCCGAUUGCGACAAGCAGCUGCUCCCAUGACCUACGAGCAAUACGAGAACCGGCUGCGGCAGAUCAAGAACUCAGCAGGCAGUGCCAACGUGCCUCUGCACUUCUGGGACAUCCCCUGGCCACCAGAAGGCAACUGCCUUUUCCUCUCCCCAACCGACGACCCUGGGCUGAAGAAGAGGAAGUUCAAGGAUGCGCUGCUCUUUUGGCAUGCAGAUAAGUUUGUGGCGUUCUGCGGGUCGCGUUUGGUGGAGGAUCACAAGCAGGUGAUUCUCAAGAAGGUUGCCCGGCUGAGCCAAGAGGUCGUUGAGGCAAGGAAUAAUUUGUAAUGUGGGAGGUUUGCUAGUUUUGGGGGUUGGGUUGGGUUUGUUGCUACUUGCAUGAAAUGCCUCACUCACUCCUUGUGAGGUAUUACGUUGAUGCAUCAUACAGGUGCUUUCUUUCUUCAAAUUUGCUCCCACCCUGCCCCUAGUUUGAGCUAAUAGUGGAAAUCGUGCUUCUAUAACGUUGAUCAUAGUAUGGGCUCGUUACAAGAUUUCUUAGGGCGUGUUACAAGUUGG